GUUACAUUAAAAUUGGUAAAUAAAAACAUGGAGACAACUUCUUAGUUCACUCUCCACUCAACUCUAGUAAAGUGGCUUAGCCCUCAUUAUUCAUACCAAUCACAUAAUACUAACAACAAAAACAGAGUACUCUGUUUUCCUUCUCUUCUUUUUUUCUUUAUCUUAACACUUAACUACAAAACAAGAAGCAAAGAACCAUACAUUUUCUCUUUCUCUUCAAAUGAUGUUACCAAGUAUAUUGUUCAUAAUGUUAUGUACAUUGAUAAAUUGGGAAGAGUUUAGUGUGAAUGCCGAUAAGCCGCCGCCUGUGAAGGUAGGGAACAUUAGCACGGUUGAUGAUGCAAAGAAUUUCAGGAUGUAUUAUGGUCAAACCUUCAAAGUUAUCAAAAAUGUUAUCGAUGGAAAGAGUUAUCUUCUAAUUCAGAAUAACUCAAAGAUGGCAGGAAGGACAAAAUACUGCACAAAUCGGAUGAAAUCAUUCGUCAUCCCAUUGUCGAAUUACUCACUUGAUACUGAUACGUUUCCAGGCGUUCCAGUUUCUUUCCUGGAGCUUCUAGGUAUGCUUGGUACUUGCAAAGGUAUAACAUCAAAUACUAUGGCAUCUGCGUGCUUAAUGAAUUUAUAUGAAGGAGGAGAGCUUACAAUGGUAAAUAAAAGUGAGACAGAACAACUUUCUCAAUUUUCGGCUUACUUUACAAGUGCCAAUGAUCAACCACCAGCCUGCAAUAUUGCUACAUUUCAAGCAUCAUCCGAAGACUUGCCUCUUCAGCGUGCAGAGUGGAUCAAAUAUAUAGCAGUGUUCGCGAAUUUGGAAGUCAGAGCAAACUCUGUAUAUGAUGCAGUUAAGCAAAAUUAUUUGUGCUUGGCAAACAUGUCAACAAACAGAAAUUCGUCGUUCAAACCGGUUGUUGCUUGGAUGCGUUAUGAAGAUGGUCAAUGGUCCUUUACAACAGAAGCCUACAAAGAAAAGUUUGUGCAAGAUGCAGGUGGAGAAAAUGUUGAUGAAACUGUGAACAAAAUGUCCUAUAACAUAUCAAUUCCUGAUGACCUUGAUCAACUUCAUGCUAUCUUAUGUUCGGUGGAUGCAGUGAUUGAUGAAACAUACACUAGUGAUCCUGCUACAUACAACUUGACUACAUUCCUCCAAAAUGUUGGUGUUGAAGAUAAAUCUUGCUUUGCUUUCUUAACAAAUGAAAGCGUAUGGAGAUAUGACAAAAGAAUGCAAAAGAAUACCACUUCACUUGAUUGGUACGACGGCGCCGUGUCUCAACCACAACUAGUAUUGGCAGACUUGAUGGAAGCAAUCUUUCCUACAGGAAACUACACAAGUACUUAUUUUAGAAACCUUGCUAAGGGAGAGCAGAUUAUUGACAUUACAACUUAUGAGAAAUGUAAUAGUGAUAGUGCUUUGGAACCAACAAUCAUACCUUGUAAUAGUAAAAUUUACUAGUGUUUUUGACAUUACUAUAUAUUAUCAAUUUAAACGUACCAUAAGUGUUUAUGAUAAUGACUAAUUAAAUUGUAAUUUAUUUCUUUAGAGUUUUAAGUAUGAAUUCGAUUUUGAUCCUGCCUAAUAUAUGUCUCUUGUAAUCUUG